AUGGGCCGGAAACCAAACCCCGUCAUUGGGGAGUAUUUCACCCGUGGCCCUAAACUGGCUGACUCCAGCAACCGGUACCCGCACACUUGCAAGCUAUGCGGUGAAAACUUCCCCAAGGGUCGCGGCGAGGUUUUACACAAACACAUCACCGAGAAAUGCCCUGCGAUUACACCCGAAGAGCGAAUCAAUGCCGCCCUCGGAUUCGCUGGUCUUCACUCCGGCGCCUCGGCCCCGCGGUCGAUGAAUCUCACCGUCAACCAGCUCGAUCCUGCUGCCGUAGCGGAUGUUGCGCCAGAGGCCCCAGAGAACUGGUCCGCGCUCCGAACCCUUGCCGAAGCAUCGCGACAGGUUGGAGAGAACGAGAUGGGUGUUCCUCCUGGCCCGGGUCGGGAAGCUGCAGACUCGGCAGCGCGUCAAAUGGGGAUGGGCUUUGAGGUGCAGGAGCAGUUCACCUUGGAGAACCCACCAGUGAGCUAUGAGAACAGACCUAACCGUGAGAGAAAGGAGUCAACCUCCCAGGAUAGCGCCAACCCUCUAAACUACCUCACCACCGAGGAGAAGAUGGAGCAUCUUCAAGCAGCAACCCAGCAGCCAGCCAAUGGAUCAUUGGACACUUCAGACCUCUCUGUUGCUGCCGCUGCAACCGCGCGUCUUACACACACGCUCAUGGACCCGCAGCUCACCGCCGACCACCACGAGCCCCAGGUUGUGAGCCCCAUCAUGUCACCACCAGAAAUCAACAAUGCGGUCCCCGAAGUCAACAGCACCCCUCAACAGCCAUGGGGAGAGAUGACUUACAUGACUACCAACCACAACCCCACUGUCGCGACUCAUGUGGCCCCAAUCGCACCGCCCAAUAGAGGCGGCACCAGGAUGCCCAUCGGCAACGGAACCUCGAGUGAGCACAAGAGGAAGGCUUACACACCGGGCCGACGAAAGGAGGUCCAGGCCGCUCGCAAGAAAGGCGCCUGUAUUAGAUGUCGCAUUCUUCGCAAGACGUGCGGUACUCACGACCCAUGCGAUCAGUGCCGCAAGAUUCAAGGACCCCGUCACUGGACUUACCCGUGUGUUCGUACGCGCCUUAACCAGGAGCUUACGCUCUACUCGGCCGCCCUGCUCGUCGUUUUGGCACAGAACAGAGUCAAGCAAGCUAGACAGUCCUACCAGCUCCUCUCAAACGGCACAUCUCUGGUUGUCUCAUUGUGGGAAGACAGCCCGAGCCUGAGUCUUGCCGCUCUCGUCACUCCUCGCCAACCCCAGCCGGAGCCCCAGCCCGUCGCCGAGGAUGGAGGAGAACAAACCAACGGAGAUGCCCAGUCGCCGACACUCUUCCAGGUUGUCAUGAUUGACCAGGAUAAGGAAGAUCUCCCAGCCCGCAUGGAAGAGUUUCUGAAGCUCAUUCUUCCGACCCUCAUUCAGCGCGAGCCAUCCCAUUUUAUGCAGGUGGUUUUGGACUCUGCCCAGAAGUUUCCAGAAGAAAAGACGACUGGCAAGGCUCUGAAGCUUGCCAUCGAUCUAUGGGGGUUGAUUGAGAUACUGGACCGAGAGCGUGGUUGGUACAUUUCCGAAGAGCGCCAGGGCGUCGUCGUCCCUCGAGGCCCGGAAGACUUCGCCGGAAGCGAUGACCAGGACAUAUACAACCUGAUCACCUUUCAGCUGUCUGCGGCCACCGAGCGCAGGGCGAACAACGUCUCCAACAAGCUCAUCAGCGAGCUGCAGCGCUGUCUCGAGAACGGCAAGGCUAAGAUCCACUUCGAUAUCUACCUCUCCAUCUUGAUUCUCCUCCACUGCCUCGAGAAGACGACCUGGACGUUCAAAGUAUGGGAGAUGGACGAUUUCCGUCAGCGCUGGCCCCUGGACCGCCCACCGUCGUGCUAUGUCAACCAGGGCCACGAGAUUGCGGACCUUCUCAAGAUGCUUCUCACUCUCCGAAAGGCCCACCCCAAGACCUUCCGGGCUCUUGACGGACGCCUGGCCGUCCUCGACAUUGGCGACCCUGACUUCGCCCCCGUUGUGGAGUUCUUCAACGCGCUGAAUCUCGAUUACGACGAUGUUGUCCGUAAGCUCGAGACUUGCGCCUUCAGCCCGGAGACCUCGCGGUCUUUGGAACUCCACUUCUGCAGCCACGUCCUCCUCCCGCCCAAGGAGGGAGAGAGCGGAGCCGGCCACCACAUCGGCGCGCCCACCAGCUCAGGCCACACCACACCGCCGCCUCCCCCUCCUUCUAUCCCUCCCUCUAUCGCCUCUCCCUCGGUCGAGGCGCUCACUCCGACGCUUCCCUAG